AUGCUUCGCCGGCUGGCCACAGCCGUCUUGAUCCUCUCCUUCGGGUACAUCCUUGUCGACCGCGUCUGGCUGCUUCUGGUCUCAUUCCAACCCAGCACAAUCAAUAACGGCGUGCACACUGGCACUACGAGCAGCUCCGGAAAAUGGGAUCUCUUCUACCAUCUCGGCGGCAAUGGCCCAUGGAUCCCUCACCACAGCGGUCUGGGCACCAUUGACGACCCACUUCCCUCCCACUGCACAGUUGACCAAGUCCACAUGAUCUCCCGCCAUGGCGAACGCUACCCCACUCGCAACGCCGGCAAUCGCCAUCUACAACUCCUCGCUCGACUUAAAGGCCACACUAGACCCUACGCCGGAACAGCCCAAGCAGAGCGCACCGGCAAUAAGUUCAGAGCACUCUACGGCCACCUCAUUCGGCCCAACUCCAACGGACACCACUCCCCAACCCGCUUCUGGACAUGCUCUUCGCCCCGGGACAUCGAAACCGCCCAGCACUUCGCCAACGGCUUCUUCGGCCCCACCUGGGCCACCGAAAAUCUCGCCCACCUCGAGAUCAUCCCUGAAGUCGCCUCCCGCGGCGCCGACACCCUCACACCAGGCGAUACCUGCCUGAACUACAUCGCCGACAAAGUCAACGGCCACGAUAAAGGCUACGCGAAACUCGCUGCGUGGCAGAAGGUCUUCACUGCUCCUAUUGCACGACGUCUGGCGGGGGAUGUGGACGGUAUGGAGCUGAGCCCGUUGGAUGUGUACUCCAUGAUGGAGCUGUGCGGCUUUGAGACGCUCGUUCGGGGAAGCAGUCCGUGGUGUGAUGUGUUUACGAGGGAGGAGUGGGAGGAUUUCGAGUAUGGAAGGGACCUGCUGCAUUUCUAUCGCGCGGGGCCGGGGAAUGAGUUUAGCAAGGUGAUGGGGUGGUUGUGGUUGAAUGCUACGGCGGAGCUUCUUUCGAACAAGGAGGACGAGAAUGCUUAUUUCAGUUUCGUGCAUGAUGGGGAUAUUGUGCCGUUGCUGUCUGCGCUGCAGAUCUUGAACGAGGAAGGGGAGCAGGAACUUCCGACUGAUCACGUCAAGCGGGACAGGGCAUGGGUUACGAGUGAUGUCGUGCCCAUGAGUGGCCGGAUGAUAUUCGAGCGUAUCGCCUGCUCUCCCGCUGACGGUGGCGAGAAGCGACGAUAUGUGAGGAUGAGUAUCAAUGACGGGGUAGUCAGACUGCCCGGUGUGCCAGAGGUGUUUCUUCGCGGGGAAGCUCCCAAUGCGGUACUCCUGCCCUUCUUCACAGGCUUUGUUGCGGAGAAGGGGGAAGAGUACGGUGACUACAAGGAGGUCUGUGGACUGGAUGAGGACGCGCCUGGGAAGAUAUCAUUCUUGCAUCAAUAG